AUGGACAGUACUUGCCACAACGCGACUGCCAAAAUGUUAGCUACUGCUCCGGCCCGGGGCAACAUGAUGAGCACCUCCAAACCCUUGGCUUUCUCCAUCGAACGAAUCAUGGCGCGCACUCCCGAGCCCAAGGCCCUGCCCGUCCCUCACUUCCUGCAGGGAGCGGUGCCCAAGGGGGACCCCAAGCACUCUCUGCAUCUUAACUCGUCGAUCCCCUGCAUGAUCCCCUUCGUGCCUGUGGCGUACGACACGACCUCCAAGGCCGGAAUGACUGGCUCCGAGCCGCGGAAGACGAGCCUGGAGGCUCCAGCGGCACCGGCGGCUGCGCCCGGGGCGCCCGCGUUCAGCUGCAGCGACCUGCUCAACUGCGCGCUGAGUCUUAAGGGCGACCUGGCCCGCGACGCGCUGCCGCUGCAGCAGUACAAGCUGGUAAGGCCGCGUGUGGUCAACCAUUCUUCCUUCCACGCCAUGGGAGCCCUGUGCUACCUGAAUCGAGGUGAUGGCCCAUGCCACCCGGCGGCCGGCGUUAACAUCCACCCGGUGGCCUCCUACUUCCUCAGUUCCCCUCUGCACCCUCAGCCAAAAACGUAUUUAGCUGAAAGGAAUAAACUGGUGGUCCCGACGGUGGAGAAGUACCCCUCGGGAGUAGCUUUCAAAGACUUGUCCCAGGCUCAACUGCAGCAUUAUAUGAAAGAAAGCGCCCAGCUUCUGUCGGAAAAAAUCGCUUUCAAAACCUCUGACUUCACCCGAGGCUCUCCUAAUACCAAGCCCAAAGUUUUCACUUGCGAAGUGUGUGGAAAGGUCUUUAACGCACACUAUAACUUAACCCGUCACAUGCCAGUGCACACAGGAGCCAGACCCUUCGUUUGCAAAGUCUGUGGAAAGGGCUUCCGGCAAGCCAGCACCCUGUGCAGGCACAAGAUCAUUCACACCCAGGAAAAACCUCACAAAUGUAACCAGUGUGGCAAAGCAUUUAAUAGAAGUUCCACUUUAAACACACAUACCCGAAUACACGCAGGCUACAAACCGUUUGUGUGUGAAUUCUGUGGCAAAGGAUUUCAUCAAAAAGGGAAUUACAAAAACCACAAGUUGACCCACAGCGGGGAGAAGCAGUUCAAGUGCAAUAUCUGCAACAAGGCUUUCCACCAGGUUUACAACCUCACCUUCCACAUGCACACUCACAACGACAAGAAGCCCUUCACCUGCCCCACAUGUGGCAAGGGCUUCUGCAGGAACUUUGACCUCAAGAAGCACGUCCGCAAGCUGCAUGACAGCAGCCUGGGGCUGGCCCGCACGUCUGCUGGGGAGCCCGGCACCGACCCAUCGCCCCCUCUACAGCAGAUGCCGCCUGCGACCUUGCCACCUCUUCCACCACCGCUGCCACCCCCUGGGCCCCUGCAGCCCGGGCUCCACCCGGCCCAUCAGUGA